AUGGCAUCACAAACAUUACACUUGGACGUUGAAGCUCAAUCAGUUGAACGAUGGAAAAUUCAUCAUAUUAUUCAACAGUUAUCAGAAUUAAAAGCGCGUGAUGCAUCAUUAAUAACCAUAACAAUACCAUCAAAUGAUCAAUUAGAUCAGAUAACUAAAUUGUUAACGGAAGAAAUGGAAACAGCAUCAGUAACAAAUUCGUCCCAAACGCAAGAUUCGGUUCAACAAGCACUGAUCACUGCUCAGUCCCUUUUAAAUUUAUAUUCACAGCGUAAGUUACCUCCAAAUGGUCUUGUAUUAUAUUGUGCUUGGCCUAUAAUCAAACAACAAAUUUUCCUCGAAGUUGAUUACACCAUGUUCUCGAAGAAAAAUCCGAGUAAAACAAGAUGUAACUAG